CUCUUUUUCAGCGAAGCCAAGCACAAAACAACCAACACGGCGACGAGGAGAGAAGAGACAGAGGAGCGGCCAUGGCGGAUUUGUUCGCAUGGCUACUCUCUUUCUUCUUCGUCAUCGGCGUUCUGGGUAUCAUUCUUUUCCAGCUCAUGUGCUUGGUUGACCUUGAGUCGGAUUAUGUCAACCCAUAUGAUUCUGCAUCUAGGAUAAACAAGGCUGUUAUGCCAGAGUUUAUUACUCAUGGAUCCCUGUGCUUAUUACAUCUUAUAACAGGGCAUUGGUUUAUGUUUUUGAUCUGUCUGCCAUACUCAUACUACAAUUUUAGACUGUACUCUAGGAAACGACAUUUGGUCGAUGUAACUGAGAUCUUCAAUCAACUUCCUUGGGAAAAGAAGCUACGAAUUUUUAAGCUUGUAUAUCUUGUUAUCGUCCUUUGUGUAUCCAUAUUCUGGAUGAUCUGGACCAUUGUGGAAUGACAUGAUUAAAAUAGACUGUGCUCAUGUGGACUUUUCUCAUUGUUGUUGUUGGUGACAAUGCUGAUUAAUCUUUCUGGUGAUUGUCAAUGGGUGAGAAAAAGAUUGAGAAUGAAAAUUUUACUCAGAAAUGACAAUGCUGAUUAAUCUCUCUGGGUUUCCAGGUUUUUGGUGAUUGUCAAUCUGAGAUAUUCUAAUAUUUGCUUUGGAUUGAGCCAGACUUCACACACACAUCGAAAUGACUCAGUUCUUUCAGAGAGACAACCCUUUGUUUUUUUUUUUUUUUAUUAAAUGAAGAAGAAGAAGAAGAAAUGUUGUACCUUAGUUAAAAUGGAGAUUCUGAAGGCUGCAGAAGUUGUGCUUUAGUGGAAAGUGAAGAGAAAAUGAUCAUUUGUGUCACUCUGUUGUAUUAACAAACAAAUUAAUAUUGUUCUUUCCUACUCA